UCUAUUCUACAUGGUCUGGUUUAAUAAAUAUUUGAUUUGAGAGAGUUUAAUUUAAUUAAUUUAGUCACGUUAGAAUAACUGUGCCUUCGUCAACUAACAUUUAUUCAUACUUUACUCUGAACCAUUAUUUGGAAAAACAAACAUUUUAUUUGGUGGCGCGAGGUAAUGUAAAAUAAGUAUCAUCAUCAUCAACACGUACGCGUCAACUGCUGGACAUAGGUCUCCCUCAUCAAUAGUGUUAUCUAGUGGGUCUUGGACAGGAAUCAGUAAUCAAAGAUGACGAGAAAUCAACCUAAAACACAUAAAUCUUUAAAAAAUGUAUUUAUAUUUUUCUGUGAUAAUACCAGCAUACAUGGAUUCAAUCGAGUUACUGGCGGGGAUAUUACCGUGUUUGAAAGGACAUUUUGGGCUGUGCUGAGCUUAACCACAUUAAUUGUGUGCUGCUUACAAAUACAAUAUUUAUGGGGAAGUUACUUAGAGAGCCCUGUUCUGAUAACUUCUGAUACUUUUGAUAUACCAGUAAGGCAAAUCAACUUCCCUGGUAUUGCAAUUUGUAACGCAAAUAAAAUAAGUAAGAGCAGAGCCACCCAGUUUGCUGAAGAACUGUUAAAAAACAGUUCCCGAUCAAAUAAACACUUCCGGUCAAAAGAAGAUAUUCUUGAGGCGAUUAAACUGAUUGCGAAUCUGUACGAUUUUAACUUAAACAGUGACGACGAGCUGUUAAGCUUUCAACUGUUUUUGGAAAAAUAUGAUAAUUUGUCCUUCCCAAGCGAUUUGACAUAUAGAAUUACGGAGUUAGCACCAACUUGUGACGAGAUGCUGGCAAAAUGUGUUUGGCAAGGAACAGAAACAAAUUGCGCUGAGUAUAUGAGAGUCAGAAUGACAUUCGAUGGACCUUGUUGUGUUUUUAAUUAUAUUCGAAUUGCUAAGAGAAUGAAAUUAUUUCGUAAGCUAAAUAAAAACCAGACAUCAGUAAAAAUGGAGCAUGCACUUGGUGCUGGGAUCGAAAAUGGUUUACAGUUCGCUCUACACAACACCAUAGACGACUAUUUUGUAACUACAACCGAAAUCAAGGGCUAUUUGGUGUAUGUUUUUAACUCUUAUGAUUUUGCUGAUAAGUCAAGUGGUGAUUUAACUGAGAUCCUGCUCAAUUACGGCACGGAGACUUUUAUCAGUAUGGAUGUUAGAGUAGUAGAUGCUCAGAGCUCUAUUCAAAUAUUAACGCCGAAAAUGAGAAACUGCAUAUUUAGUGACGAACAGGAAACUAAAUUCGGUACCUAUAGACACAGUGAUUGCUUAGCACUGUGUAAAGUAGAAACCAUGCAGGCACUGUGUGGAUGUAUACCAUUUUCGCAGCCUUUGAACGUAUCCAAUUAUUGUUCAUUGAUAGACUUACCUUGCUUGAACAAGUUUAAAAUGAAAUGGACCAACUAUUAUCCAGUAGGAGAAGAAGACAAGGACUCAUUGGAUUUUGAAAAAUACGAAUCUAUCACUUGUCCUCACUGCCUUCCAGCUUGCACAAACGAAGUAUAUGAUGUUUCAGUUGAUGUUACCCCAUUAAAAAAUGAACCAAAUCACACAUAUGUUCAUAUAUUUUUCAACAAAAACUCUGGAAGUUCCUUUAAGAUUGAUUUACAACAAACAUGGUUCGAGAUGGUCAGUUCGUUUGGCGGAUUUAUAUCACUAAUGUUGGGCAUAAGCUUUAUAAGUGUUGUGGAAGUAUUUAUGUUGGUAGGCCAGCUCAUUCUGUACUUUUAUCGCCAGUUACCUAGGAAAAAGAAAGUAGCGCCUGCUAAGAAAAUUCCGGUGCUUGCAUUUUUGCCAUAAUAAUUAAAGCUAAAUACUGUUUUUGUUUAAAUGCUUCUAAUAUUUAUUAAAAUUUAUUAAAAGUUAUUACUGAA